AUGGAUGAAAAUAAAUACUUCAAAGAAAUUUUUAUAUAUGUAGAUAUAGAUAAAGAAAUUGGAGAAAAGAAAAAAAUUUAUGUAGAAUAUAUAAAAAGAUGCUUUAAUUAUUUACUUAGACAAGAAGAUAAUUUCAUUUUAUUAACAUUAAAAAAGAAUGUUUCCUUGUUAUCUUACUUUUUUUCUUAUUUAUUAAAAUCAGAUCGAAAUUAUGACCAUCCUUUUGAAUUAUUAAAUGAUGAUAAAAAAUAUAAUAGAGAAUUAAAUUUGUGUCUUUUAAAUUUUUAUUUAAAAUUAGUAGAUAUAUAUUUAAAUAAAAACAGAUGUGAUGUAUUGUUUUUAAAAAAUGUUUUUAUAAAAAUACAUAUCAUGAUGGAUAUUAUUAUGAUGUGUUAUAGUAUAGAUAAAAAAAAUAAUAAAAAAAUUAAAGCAUGUAUAUAUAAUAUUUAUAAUAAAACACAAUUUAAUUGUUUCCAUAUUUAUAAAUAUAUUAAGCAUCUCUAUGAAGAAUUAAAAAAUAUAAAAAAAAAAUUAGAACAUUAUAUAACAUAUAAAAAUAAAAUAACACAUUAUAUCUUUCAAUUAAAUGAAUUACUAUUUAAUAUAUAUUGUUUUUGUAAAUUCUUUAAAAAAUAUAAGUACUUUGAUAUAAAUCAAAAUAAAUUAUCAAACGAAUUAAUUAUCAUAAAAUUAAUGAUAUACAAUGAUAAUAAUAAAAAUAAUAUUUAUGAAUCCACAAAUAGUGGUAGAUCACAUGACAUGUUGUUAAAAGCAGACACAUCUUUUCUUUAUAUUUUUUUACAAACAUAUAUCGAAAUGAUUAAUCAUGUAUAUGACAGCCAACUGAAUGAUAGUCAUAUGAAAGAUAUCCUAUAUCUAAGGUAUCAAUAUAUGAAUAUUUUAAACAUGUUCAUAAAAUAUAAUUUAAAAUAUGGUGAUGGUAAAAACAGUUUAUUUUACUUUUCUCUUAUUAUUGAUAUGUUAAAAGAAAAAAGUAAUAAAACAAAUUUACAAUUCAUAAAAAAUGACAUACAUUUAUGUAAUUGGUUGUUUCUAGACAAAUAUAUAUUAGAAGGAAAUGUAAUCGAUUUAGAUUUUUUCUCUUAUAUAAAUAGUUUUAUGAACCUAAAAAACAUAAAACAGGUUGACCAGAUUAUUCAUAAGAAAUAUAAAAAUGAAAUCGAUCAAAUUAAAGAAAUAACAAAUGUGAACAAUAAUAAUUAUAUUUUAAAAAUUUUUAAAAAAAAUAAUUUUAACGUAUCUCAAUCAAUAGAAUAUAUUUUUAUCAACCAGACAAAUCAAGACAACAAACAAAAUAGUGACAACAAACAAAAUAGUGAUGAUAGUGAUGAUAAUAAUAAUGAUGAUGAUAAUAAUAAUAAUGAUGAUAAUAUAUAUUAUGAUAAUAUAUUUUAUGAUAAUAAAUUUUAUGAUAAUAAAUUUUAUGACGACAAAAUAAAUACAAUUAUAUUAGGAGACCAAAAAGACAAUCACAUAGAUAAAGAAAUAGAUGACGAUAUAUCAGAUAUUAAAAAUAAAAAAUUAAAUAACGUUCUUGAAUUAUUAAAAAAACGUAAUAUAAUAAAAAGUACACAAAAAAAGAAAACACAUAAAUAUAAAUAUAUAAAUAAUAAAUUAGAUGAAGAAAAUAAAAAUAAAAUACUUAACAUAAGUGAAUCAUCAAACAAUGAUCAAGAAUCAUCAGAUAUGUCUUUAAAUCAUUUUCAAAAUGAAAUAAUCAUUUCAAAUAAGUAUAGAAAAAAUGAUAUACAAAAACAACAAGAGGAACAACCUCUUAACAUAAAAAAGGAAGACAACAAUCAAUUAUAUGAAAAACAACCCUUAUCCUUUAAAACUAACAGAAAUAAUUUAAACAUAAAAAAUAUAAACCAUGAGCACAAUAUACAAUCAGAUAACAUGAAACGAUAUUAUUUAAAAAAAACCGUUAAUAAAGGGCGAUCUCAUCGAAAUAACUUUGACAAAAAGAUGAGCAAAGGGAUGUUUUGA